AUGAGAAACAGAAAUGUACAUGAAGUGUCUCAAGAAAAGUUGGCUACACAAGAGGAUGAAGAAGAGGUCAAUGAACUUUUUGUCGAGGAAAUUUCCACAAAAAAUAAUAAAUUGGUAUGGUUGUAUGAUUUGAUAAUUGGUAAAGUUAAAAUUCCAUUCAAAAUAGACACUGGUGCUGAUAGCAACAUAAUAUCUUUUAAUAUGUUCAAAGAACUUAGUUACAAGCUUGGUAACAAUGCUGUUUUAAAUAAAACCAAAAAUGUAGUGAAAGCAUUUGGCGGUUCAACAAUUAAAGUUGUUGGUGUAGCAAAAUUAGCUUGUAAAUAUUUGGAUGGCAAAAAUAAUGAAUGGAAAGAUGCUUUGAAUGAUUUUUAUGUUGUGAAUAUGGAUUGUACUCCUCUAAUUGGACUUAAAACAUGUCUGGAUAUGGAAUUACUCGAUAAUAGAGAUGAAACUCUCGGUCAAUUGAUCAAGUAUAUUAACAAUGGAUGGACAGAUUUUAAUAUUAAAAAGUGCAAUAGUGUGGAAAUUAAACACUUCUAUAAUUUGAGACACAACUUGUUUUUUAAGAAUGAUAUUGUUUUGUUGGAUGACCGUAUUAUUAUUCCAGAAGCAUUAAAGGAUGAAAUGUUAAUAAAAAUUCAUGGCAAUGUUCAUUUUGGAAUUAUAAAGAACAAUUCUUCCACUACACGCGACAUAGUGUCGACUCGAUAG